AUGGACGAUAAAGGAAAAGAAUUGUGUCCAAGAUUAAUCGACUAUUUGGUAAUUGUUGGUCGACGUUCCCGUUCAAAAUGUUUCUCACAGUUAAGCAUAGAUGGUGCUUCAUCAUCGCAAUCUGUAACAGCUCCAGAGUUGUUAAGACGCUAUCCAACUGACGAUCAUAAAGAUUUUAGUCUACCCACCGAUGUAACUGUAUUUUGCCAACCAGAAGGAUGUAUUAUUAGAGGUGCACCAAGACGUACACAAUCGCUUCCAGAUGGUAAUAGUUUUGUUUUCACAUUGACUGAAAAGGAUUCGGCAAAAAUUCGUUAUGGAAUAUGCUUUAAUUUUUUUCAAAGUUUUGAACGACCUAAGGCUAAUAUCGAUUCAAAUGCCGACGUUUCAAAUGAAAAGAAAUUCCGAAGAAGGAUGUCGUUGACCAGCUUAUGUCUUAUAAGUCACCAUCCAUUUUUGUCAACUUUUCGCGAAUUAUUAUUACUUUUAAAGAAAUUAAUUGACGGUUACAAUUUUAAUUUUAGAGAUUCGGUAUGGUCAGCACUCACUGGCCAUUGGGGCGAUACGAUUCCACCACCUGUUAUGUACGAAAUUCGAGAAUUAGAAACUUGGAUUUUGAUGAUUCUUAGCACGCCUGUACCUGUUCCCGGCAAGACAAAAGUGCAGUUAGAGGUAAUGCCAUUGAAUAUUGUGCCAAUGCUUGAAUUUGCUUUGCCUGAUCAUACGAGGUUCUCACUGGUUGAUUUUCCCUUACAUUUACCGCUUGAACUACUUGGUAUUGAUACGGCAGUUAAAGUUCUUGCUGCUGUUAUGCUUGAAUACAAAGUUGUGCUUAUAUCGCGUAAUUAUAAUGCGGUUAGUAUGUGUGUAUUAGCUAUUGUUUCACUGCUUUAUCCGCUUGAAUAUAUGUUUCCUGUUAUUCCGUUACUCCCAUCGUAUAUGUUAUCAGCAGAACAGUUGCUUUUUGCGCCCACUCCGUUUAUCAUCGGUAUGCCAGCAUCGUUUUUUUCCCAAAAAAAUAUCGAUUCCGUGCCAAAUGAUGUGAUUUUAGUGGAUCUUGAUACUAAUCAGUUGAUUAUUCCUGAAAGCAUAACAAUACCGGACAUGCCAGAACCGGAUUGCUCUAUUCUCAAGCAAAGUUUUCGUAACGCUCUGGCUAAAUUGAAAUUAGCUUCGUUAGAUUUUGAUCUUGAUAAAGGAGGAAAUGAUUUUGAAGCGAGUUUUAUUGUUGAUAGUGAUGUGGUUGAUGUUGCAGUACGUGUUGCUAUGAUUCAUUUUUUUAACAGUUCGAAUAUCUUUGCCAACUUCAGUGAACAUACUCGAACGCUAAGGUUAUAUCCUCGCCCUGUUGUUGCACUUCAAACUGAAUCUUUCCUAAGGAGUCGUCCAAAUUUUACUCAGUUUAUUCUCGAAUUAUGCAGGUCGACUCAAGCAGUAGAAUAUUUUGCUGAAAGUUCGCUUUGUCCUAGGAAUGAAACUUAUGUUCGAGUGCAAACAGGUAUUGAAGCGCCAGAGCAAAUUGGUGAUAAAGGCAAGUGGUUCAGCGAAGCAUUAAUGCCAGUACAUUUCGCAGCAUAUCCCAACGAUUCGACUCUGGCAGAUGCAUGGCAUGUUUUUUUAACUGCAGAACAAAAGAACACUUUAGUCAUUAUUGCAAUGCUUUUUUUAUUUGAAGAAGCAUCAAAACCUUUGGCUGAAGUGAAUGAUAUCUAUCGAGAACCUUUAACGCUGGAAUUGCCUCGAAACGAUAGUUCGCUAUCAAUUGGAAGCUCGUUAAGCAGCGGGAGAUCAACACCAUCGUCAAUGUCAACGUCAGCGAUGGAUAGCGAAGCAGACUUUGCUAGGCUUGCCGAAAAUCUUGCGAUUAAAACUGAUGCCAAGGGAAUUGCGCAUUUAACUGAUUCGGGCGAAAAAGUUCUUGGUCCGCAAUUAAUGAGCGCUUUAAAUGGUUACGCAGAAAAAAGCCACGAUAUGAUCAACCAGAUGUUACACCGGACUGCCCCGAAAGCUCAAGCUUUUCGUGACAAAACGGUUGGCCCAAUCGCUGCCGCUGCUGCUAAUCGUAUGGAACAAAGCCAACACCUUGUUAAAACUAAAGCCAAAAUUUUUAAUGUUCUUUCGUUUGAACUUUCAAAUUUUAGUAAAAAUCAGCAAAUUGUGCGCGAUGUUUGUGAUCAAGUUCUUGCCGGCCAAGGCAUUGGUGUCUUUACAUAUGCUAAAUUGAGACGCUUAAUGGAAGAUGAAAGUUUAAGACAAUUAGUUUGCUCAAAACUUAAUUUAGGACUUGAUAUCAAACAUUCCGAAGAAGAUUUUGUACAAGAAAUGCAGCUAAUGAAGUCGCAAUAUAAAGGCUACAUAAAAGUGCUUCAGACAUGUAUUAAUGGCUUAGAUUAUUCUUUUAUCACACCAGGAUCUAAUGGGCUCGCUUCGAUGUUUCAUAUAUUGGAAAUAGCACACACGCACUUUUGGGCUAAAGAAAGUGAUAUUACUACGCCUCUUAGCGGAAUUGCUAGCCAGGCACUUUCGAUUUCAGAUUAUUCAGGGCCCUUUUGCAUCGAAAAAAUAUUUACCUAUGGCCCACCACCUCCCCUUCCACCAAGACCUAAAAAAAGCACAGAUGAAGCAAUGAAAAGACUGAGUAUCACAAAUGAUUCUAUAUCAGUUUUUCCGCUAACUUCUCGAGCCAAUUCUUUAGGAGCCAUUGAGCCUCUACUUCAACUACAACCACCUAAAAGUUUACCGAUAUCACGCGAAUCAAUCGUUACCGUUAAUAGAAGCCCUGACUGUCCUCGCCACUACAUUUAUCAGGAUCUAAUACUUCCCUCACCAAAUCCUUUGUGGCAUAAGAUGGCAUUCUGGGAAAGUGCGUUCUUCGACGUGGUCGCUCAAGAACGUGAUAUUAUUGGCAUGGAUCAAGAGCCAUGUGAGAUGAUUGACCGAUACAGCGGAUUGUCAGAAUCAGAGAAAAGACGACUGGAAUUAGAUGAGGAUCGCUUAUUAGCAACUCUACUGCAUAAUCUAACUGCUUAUAUGAUUAUGUGUGGUACUGGACAGAAAGCCAUUCAACAGAAAAUUCGUCGGCUUCUUGGUAAGGCGCACAUCGGGCUUGUUUAUUCGAAAACCAUCAAUCACUUACUUGAUCAUCUUCCUCAGACUCAGAGUAAUGGAAUACCGUUGAAACCACUUGGAAGUCGCCUUAUGCAAAAACAAUCGUUUACUGUUUAUUCUGGUUCAAAUGCAGAUGGAUCAAUGAUGUUUUUGGAGGUUUGCGACGAUGCAGUUGUUUUACGAGCUGUUACCGGGGCAAUAACCGAACGAUGGUGGUAUGAACGUUUAGUAAACAUGACUUAUUCACCAAAGACGCGAGUUCUGUGUUUAUGGCGAAGACAUGAAGGCAAAGUGCACAUGCACAAAUUCUAUACGAAGAAGUGUCGGGAGCUUUAUUCCUGUAUGAAAACAGCGAUGGAAAGGGCUGCAGCUCGAGGGAAAGUUCCGAUAGCAGGCAAAGGCGAUUUAGGAGGAGAAUUUCCUGUUCAUGAUGCAGCGUCUAAUGAAGGUGGUUUGCUUCAAGUUCGUAUUGAUGGCGUUUAUAAUAAAUAUUUGAUUGCACAACACAAUUUAAUACAUUUCAUCGAUUUAGCUAAUAUUAAAAAAUGUAACACUUUUGGUGGCAAUGUUUUUAUACUCGAAGAAUAUGGUGAUUUUUUCUAA